AUGACAGGAAGUCCUCGAACAUCGACUGGCACUUUCGAUGGUGGUGGAAAUUCCAUAGUCGAACAAACGACGGAUAUUUUGACACGUUUCCGCAACAGUCUUGUUCGAAGUCGAAAAGAACGUUUACUCGAUGAAGAUGUUCAAGCGACAGAAAAUCUUGUCAAUCAUAUUCAUUUAACGGAACUAAUGGCCAAAGAAACCUUAGGAAAAUUAAUCUCACAAGGUGAUUCGAUGCAACGAUCGUACAAUUUGAUAAAUCAAUUAGAAAGAGAAAUUAAAGAUAUUGCCGAAGAUUUAAAUGAAGUUAACGGCGGAAAAUGUUGGGGUGCGUGUGCGAAUGGAACAUUUUUCGGUUUUACGUGUUUGGGAUGUUUGAAGAAAAAACCCAGGAAAAGAUCGAAGAAGAAAAAACUGAAAAUCAUCGAACCGAAUCCUCAUUCACUCAAUCAGAUUCGUUGGAGUUCGACCAGUGAACGUGAUGAAAUGAUUGCUCGUACUCGAGAACUGGCACGUAAUCGUCGUCAACAUCAAGAUUUCCUUCAAACCAUCACUCGAAUCAAUCAAACCAAACAAAAUCAAGACGAAACAAACGCAAAACAACUCAGUCAAUUUCGCGAUUAUCUUUUACAGCAUCAUUCCUUAUCCUACGGUUAUAUCGAUCAACCCGAACGUUUAUUCAAUGAAGUUAACAUGGCCAUUCAUUUUACACAGUUAAAUACACAUUUAGAUCAUUUAUUUCAAAUAACAGAAUCAAUGAGCAAUGAAGUUAAUAAACAUAAUGUUGUUAUCACAAAAAUUGAAGCGCAGGCAAUGCAAAGUGGUGAUCUUUUAACAGAUUAUACUUUACUUGGUCAUCAAAUCUUAGGAUCGCCAGUAUUAAAUUCACAAACGUCAACAAAUCCUUUACCGAUCUCUGCAGGACAAAAAGUCCUUCUUAAUGCUGUUGUUUAA